UCUCGACCAAGUUACAUUCUGUCACCAAGACGGUUUGACUGACUUUCUGUGACUUAAGACUUAAGUAGACAUAGACUCUACUUAAUCCAUAAUUUUAUUCUAUCCAGAUCUAGACCUUUAUUAAGCCUGAUUUACAUUCGUGGUAAGUCCUGUUGGAAAGAAAAUGUACAAAGUUCUUAUUAUACUCUUCUUUUUCUCGACAUCCUCGUUACUUCUGAAUGUAGUGGGUGAAUCAAUAAUUCGGCGAUUGGUGAUGCAGCAAGUGGAAGAAUUUGAGAUAAGAGAUGAUAGAUCUAAUUUAGAUCUAGCCCAAGCGCAAUCCUCUUUUAACAUUUCAGAUCACAAGCUGAUCAAGUUUUUAUCAGAUGUACAGAAAGCCACAAAAUAUAUUCAACAUCCACUCACUUCCUUCUCAUGGGGUGUUUGUGACACUGGCUCAACUCAGUUGGCCAAAAUCAAUUCUCUCACACUAUCACCAGACCCACUGCCAAUACCAGGAACUGUUUCUCUCAGUUUUGAUGUAGAGUUGAGUAGCAAUGUGGAUGCUCCACUGCAGGCUUCUGUAACAUUGAAGAAGAAGAUAGGCUUUAUUUGGAUUGAAGUCCCUUGCAUUGACAACUUGGGUUCCUGUACAUACAAUGAUAUCUGUGAACGAUUAGUCGGUGCUAACUGCCCACAGGUAUUUGUGGAUCACAAUGUUCCUUGCAAGUGUCCUUUUCCCCAGGGGCAUUUCACCAUACCAGUCACAGACAUACCUAUCAAAUCUGGUUCAGUUCCAAGUGGUGCCUACAAACUGGAGUUGAAACUUUCUGUUAGCUCUGCUUUAGUUACCUGUAUUGAUAUCAGUUUCUCCAUUAAUUAAGAAAGUUUUAUUCUUCUGCUUUUUUAAUUAUUAUAUUUUUUUUAAAGGAAAAUCUAUGCUUAUAUAUUUUUAUACUGAUAAUAUUCCACAGAGUUUUUUUUAUGAAGUCACACUUAAAAUAAAUCAAUAAAAAUGUAAUUGAGAUAAGUUGUUAGUACACGAGGAAAAUAGCUUGUCUGGUCAUGUAUAUUCACUAUUUUGUCUAAUUAAUAUCCAUCUACCACAUUUGACUACUGCAAUUUGAUAAACCUCAAGAUACAAUUGCGACAUUUCUGGCAUUUAGAUACACUCCCAAUAAAGAAUCUGCCAAAAGAUGGACAAUAAGAGAACUUAUGAAAAGAGGUUGUCUUUUAUGUGAAGAGAACUUGAAAUUGGCUGUAAGUAUUUUUGAUAAACAGAAUUUUUAUUCUUUAUUGUUUAUUUAUAACCUUAGUUUGUAACUUGAAAAGACUACAGAAAAAAUUAGACUUUCUGCAAAUUAAUUAUUAGUGUAAGUAAUGAUUGUUAAAUGCAAGAUUUUUUAAAAUCAAUGUUGAAUAUAUAUACAUAUAUAUAAAGGGGCCUUUGUUUUGAUUGAUUGAUUAAUGUACUGUUUUAUUAUGUAACAGUGAUAUUUUACAAUUUUUGAAAGUUGUUUUAAAAUAGACUUAACACAUUCUGCUGAGUGAAUCUAUGCAAUGCUUUGUUAUUGAAAUAUUACAUAUUUCCAAACUUGUCUGGUACUGUACGUUUGCAAGAAUUAUGCAAAUUACAGUCUUUUACAAUGUGAUAUAGUAUGUAAAAUACCAUCCUCUAAUGUAUUUAACAUACUCAAAAAGUAUUUUAAUAGCUCUAAAAAGUAAAUUUUUAACGAUGACUUACAUCAUCUGUAACUUUAAUGUUUUAGAAUUUCACCAAUGAGAUGAUAAGUCCUGUACAAUGUUUUUAAUCUCUUGUUUUCAUCCAAGCACUGCUUAGCACUGGGCUCUAGUUCAGUUGGAAAAAUAGAAUGGUAUCCUUCUCCUCUGCUUCACAUUAUCAAGUAUAUAUAUAUAUGUUAAUACUAUGUACUUUUUCUAUUUCAGUAGUGUUCUUUAUAGUGAAUUAGUGUACUAAUAAAACUUCUUUCUUCAUUAGGCCUAUAAAUCACCUAACAAUAAAAAAUAUUCAUACUAAAUCCAAUUUAGCGCUAUUUUAAUUCAAUUAAAAUUUAUAUUCAAAGGAAGAGCAAUCUCAAAUUUGCAUUCAUGGAGUAUAAUGUUUACUUUUUCUUGUUCAAUGGAAAUCUCUAUUAACUAUAUUUGGCUAAAUUAUUAAAUAUAUUUUUUAACAGCUAUUUAAAAAAUUUUAAUCACAAAACUGUAAUGUUUUAAAACUAUAUAAUUUAUUGUUAACAGGCUAUUGUUGGUAAAAGUGUAUUUUAUAAUUUUAUUACAAGUCAGGUAUAUAUUUUAAAUUUUUACUGUAAAUACAUAUAUUUAUAUAACAAUUUACUGCUGUAUAUGUUUAAUGACCAAAAAUUUUAUUUUACUAGAAACUUUGUAAAUGUACACUGUUGGGACCACAUUAUUUUAAUAUUUAUAACGUUUAUAGUGUGCUUUAACACUCUGGGCUUGUUACAUAGUUUAUAAAAGGGCCUCUGCUUUUAAUGAUGUUUACCGAUAAAUUUAUUUUAAAUGAUUAUACAUUUUCAAUGUAUUUUUAGUUAUAUUUGUGUGUAUUGUUUUUUUUUUUUUUUUUAAUUUAGACCAGGGGUGGCCAACCUUUUUUUAAAAAAAAUGUCUGUAUAAUGUAUCAGCAUAUCAAAAAUAAAAAGGCUUGACAUACCUUGAAAUGUACUAAAUAUGUUUAUGGUAAAAUAUACAUUAAUUAUACAUACACUUUAAAAUAAUUUGUCAUAUCUUUGUUCCUUUUUUUGAUAAUAUCUUAAUUUUGCAAAGUUAAACAUUUUGUUUACUAAUUGUCAUGAGAUUUCUGAGACCUUGAAUUUUAUUGGUUAAAAAAAAUUCAUAGAAUCUUUGUGCUUUUCUCUUACGAUGUUCAUUUGAAAAUGAACUCUCCAAAAAUUAUAUUUUUUUUAGGUUCUAUUUUUAGUCUCUAAUUAAUAUGCACGACUAGCUAAUAUAAGGAUAUGCUAACAAAUUAAUCUUCUCUUUUGAAGGAACUUCUGUAAUUUAUAAUGGAAGGUUUUCAAAUUGCACUUUUUGUGCAGUCUGUGCAGUGCAUCUUGGUUGACCAUUCCUGCUUCACACUCAUCAAUACUUUGAGAUUAUUCUGAGAUAUUUUUUCAUUUACAUUUGUACUUUUCCUCUUGUAUCAUAAAAAUAGAUUAUCAUAGAUACAAAAUUUGAACAUUUUUGUUUAUUCUUUAAAUUUACUUUGUAUUUCAUUUAAAAUACUUUUUUUAAACAGUUGUAAUAUAGUCUUGAUCUUUCAUCUGUAUCUUAGUAAAAAAAAAUAAUUUUUAGCUUCAUUAUUUAAAAAAAUAAAUUUUGUAACAUAUUUUUAAAAAAUCAAAAUGUGGCACUACUGUUUUGAAUUUACCCUAUGUUAGUAAGAUGUAAUCUUUCAAUUGUAAAUUGGUUGCAUUUUUUUUUAUUUGAUAAAAAUACAUUUAGAAACAUA